AGGAUGAAGAUGAUGAAGAGAUGGUGGAGCCAAAAGCACAGGAUGACUUGGAGACAGAAAAUCAAGACCAGAAGCAGGAAGUGAAAGAAGCUCCUCCUAGGGAAUUGACAGAAGAAGAAAAACAACAAGUUCUACAUUCAGAAGAAUUCCUGAUAUUUUUUGACCGGACAAUACGUGUAAUUGAGCGAGCUUUGGCUGAAGAUUCAGACAUCUUCUUUGACUAUAGUGGCAGAGAUGUAGAAGAGAAAGAUGGAGAUGUUCAAGCAGGAGCCAAUCUUUCCUUUAACCGUCAAUUUUAUGAUGAGCACUGGUCAAAGCAUCGUGUCGUCACCUGUAUGGAUUGGUCUCUUCAGUACCCUGAGUUGAUGGUUGCAUCUUAUAACAAUAAUGAAGAUGCUCCACAUGAGCCUGAUGGGGUAGCCUUGGUAUGGAACAUGAAGUUCAAGAAAACUACACCAGAAUAUGUGUUCCAUUGUCAGUCCUCCGUGAUGUCAGUCUGUUUUGCCCGUUUUCAUCCAAACCUGGUUGUCGGUGGAACAUAUUCUGGACAAAUUGUCUUGUGGGAUAAUCGCAGUCACAGGCGCACGCCGGUUCAGAGAACUCCCUUAUCUGCUGCUGCUCACACGCAUCCUGUGUAUUGUGUGAAUGUAGUUGGAACACAGAAUGCACACAAUCUCAUUACUGUCUCUACGGAUGGCAAAAUGUGCUCCUGGAGCCUGGACAUGCUUUCAACUCCACAGGAGAGCAUGGAGCUGGUAUACAAUAAGUCCAAACCAGUGGCGGUUACAGGAAUGGCUUUCCCAACUGGAGAUGUCAAUAACUUUGUCGUUGGCAGUGAAGAGGGAACAGUCUACACAGCCUGUCGUCAUGGAAGUAAAGCUGGCAUUGGUGAAAUAUUUGAAGGCCACCAAGGACCCAUCACAGGAAUCAAUUGUCACAUGGCAGUGGGUCCAAUUGAUUUUUCCCAUCUCUUUGUCACAUCAUCAUUUGACUGGACAGUCAAAUUGUGGACCACAAAGGGAGAGCAUUAUGAAGAGCCGAAAUUUCUCAGUCCUAUGAAACUGUGGAACCCCAACACCCCACAGAAAUACAUGAAUAUAGG